UCCCACUUGAUUAUUAGCGAGCGCAACUGGGGUACGCGUUUCAGUUGGUCUUACGCGCGCGCACAGCUCAAACGUCUCCAAAACAACAAAUAUAUUUCAAUAUUCUUCUUUUUUUUUGGUGUGGUGUGUGUGUCUGUGAGCAAUGAGCAGGAAUCUUGGCUGCCUUUUGGGCUUGCUUCUCGUGGCAUUUUUGCAUUCGGGGCAGGCGAUUGUCGGUGUUGGUGCUGCGCGUGAUCUGGUGCUGACGCCCAAGCAGGGCAUGCAGCUGACGGGCAAGCGCAUCUACUACGAGGAGCAGGAGCAUGUGCGGGAGCGGGAUGUGCGUCCCUGGGAGCACACCCUCAAGCAUGUCACCUACGUGACACUCUUCACGGACGCCGCUGCGGGUGCUGCAGCUGGUAACCUUAGCCAGCUGCAUGAGUAUCAUGAGUUCCUGCAGACGCCUUAUGUCCCCGUCGAUCCUUUGGCACAGUCCGCAACGGCAGCAACUCCCUCCCGUUUUGGGGAUAUCAUUACCCUGGCCUCGGGACGGCUGGAGCAGCUGCCCAACAACGGUAGCUAUCGCUUUGUCGAGGGGACUGGCUCUGGCACUGGCACUGGCACUGGGACUGGCCACGGUCGUGCCCUGUGGCAGGUGCAGCGCAUUCGACAUCGGGAUGGCGGCAAGGGACGCCACUACCACUACGAGAUACGCUUCAGCGUGACGCCCCUGAUGCCAACCAGGAAAGCGGCGCCAAGCUAUCAGAUGAGCUACAUCCAAAAGGAGUCCGACUAUCCAGGCAGCUUCGCACGGCUCGCGCAUGAAGCCCUCGGCAUUGGGGGAUUCACUGCUCAGCGGCGAAACGAUCGGGAGAGGGAGCGGGAAAGGCAGCGGGAACGAGAGCGGGAGCAAUCGCAGGCCACCUUUAUCCAUGGCAUCUUUCAGCCACCGCCAUCGCCAAAGCUCAACAUUGGUGAGUAUCUCACGGGGGGAGCAGCUGCUCCUCAUCCUCAUCCGAUGCCCCUACCCGGCGGCGGACUCUUCCAACUGGGGCUGGGGCUGGGGCGUUCCAAUUUCAUUGCACCAACCACAUUCCGUCCUAAUUAUCCAACGGUGAGGCUGGGUCCGGAACAUCCUGGACUGGACACCACAGCCAUACGAUACCCAGAGGCGCCCCCAGAGAGUGCUGCUCCGACGCCUGCUGCUGCUGCUGCUGUUAGCGGUGGGGUUACGCAUCAUUUCCAUCAUCAUUUCUAUGUGGCACCGGGCAGCGGUUCAGCUUCAUCCACGCAGAGUCCGCCACGAGCAGCGUCCGGCUACUAUCAUUACCAGCGGCAGCAGCAGCAACAGCAGCAGCAGCAGCAGCGGCAGCCUGUGCACUUUCCCAGCUCCAGUUCCGGCUCCCACGAGUCCUACGAAUCAAACGAGGAUCCCGAACAGGAGCUGCUCAUCCGCAGUCCUCAGAUCUUCGGCCAGGCAUCCAAGUAUCAAACGGCAAAGCUGCCGCCGCUCAUCAUCUAUGCAGCUGCUGGCAUUUCGCAGCCAAAUGAGCACGAAGACAAAUCAUUUGUGCAGAGCGAACCGCUGGAGGAGACUGUUUAUCGUUACUCCGAGCCAGAUCCAUUGUAUGUCCAUCAGAAUCCCAUUGAUGUGCUGCAUUUGGAUGAGCAGCGUCUCGAAUUCGAGCGAGACAAGGACAGCGACAGGGACAGAGAGCAGGAGGAGCCAGAGCAGGAACAGGAACAGCCGGAGGAAGAGCAGAAGCGAGCGAGCAGCUUGGAUCAGCCAGAAGUGGCCACCACAACUGAAGUUCCUCCAGCAACCACAACGACCAGUGAGCCACCAAAGACCACAACAACAGCCUCGAGCAGCAGCAGCAGCAGCAGCAGCACUGUGGCAACACCAACAACGCCUGCCGCAACUGUGAGCAGCGCCAGCAGCUUUGUCUCCACCUCCACACACUUCAGUCCAUUGCGCAAUUUGAGUCGCUAUCGGACAACGCCGCGCAUAACCGCUGGCAGAUCGACGACAACGACAACGACAUCAACCACAAGCAGCACAGCGGCGCCAGCGUUGAGCAAGUGGGCCAGACGCCGCAAGGAGCAGCAGGACAGCAAGGCCAAGAGCAGCGAUCGUCAUGAAGCUUAUGUGAACAGCACGACAGCAGCGCCAGCAGCAGCCCAAACGACUGCUGCCACUCCCACAAGCACUCUGAAGCCCGCUGUGGCUCCGCUGCGCAGCGAUGUGGUUGAAGUUCUCACGCAGAAAUCGGUCAGCAGAUCGGUGAGCAUUAAGGUGGGUGACAAUGGUGAGGAGAUACCCUUUAUCGUGGACGAUGAUGAGAAUGAGGUCUCGUUUACGUAAGUUUUAGC